AUGCCCGUGACGUUCCCCCUCUUCGACCUGGGCGGGCGCGUAACGAGCAAGGACGAACUCGAAGUGCCGGAGGAGCUUGGUGAAAAUGACCUAAGCAGCGAAUUUCAUGCGCUGGAUACCCGUGACGACGCCCCCGAUAACACAUUCAAAGACGCCCCUAGUAACACAUUCAAAGACGCCCCUAGUAACACAUCAAAGGGCACCCCCAAUAACACAUCUGCGCCGCCAAAAAGGGAGGGAGUAGCACAAAGUACAUCGCAAUUCGCAAAGGAAUGGAAGUGUUCAUUCGCCAUCUCUUCUAUUACCAAUACGUCAUCCGUGAGGCAACGCUUCUUCUACACCAUCCGACUGCUCAGGCACGGCAAGCUAACUGGAUGCGGGUCUAUCCUGCCCAGGGUUUUAUACUCUUCGGGGUACAUUUUGGAGCCUAGGCAGUCAGUACACUUCCCCAGUACAAUGGUGAUUUGGAAGGCACAGACGCUCAUCCUAUCCCAUAGAGAACUGGAAGACUAUAAGAUUUGCGUGGACAUGUGGCAAGUGCGUCCAUUUACAUUCAAUUGCAUAUUUGCCACGUACCAAGUAACGUUACUCGAGCUAGUCAGAGAGGGUGAUGUCAAUGCCAAAUGGAUUCUCAAGGCUGAUGGCACCGAGGUACAACUCAUUGAAGUAAAGUUUUUGCUGGAGCGUAUUUUCAAUUUUGCUCUCACUUUCCACGACUGGUUGUUUAUUCCCGUUGCUGAAAUGCCCAGGGCGCUUAGUGAAUCGGGGAAGGCCCUUCGAAUAUGUAUGCGUUAUAGCAAUGGUAGCAAUUAUAAACACAUAGUAAGUAGCGAGGGAAACUUUUGGCCAGGGCCCGUAUUCUUUUCGUUCACCGGUACAUUCAAUGAUUUGCGCAGCAGUUUUGUGGAAUUGGUGCUAAUGGCCAAUGCCAGGGGCAAGUGGUAUGGUUCCCCUUCUCAGCUGGGCAAGACCUUUAUUUCCCUCCGCUCCAUCCCCGAGUACUCCCACCUGAAUUCCUCAAUCAAAAGACUCACGUAUGAUCGUUCAAAAUUCCUACAGGGUACCAUAUCUGGCUAUCUAGAUAUGGUGGUGGUGGACGAGGAUUUUGCCAACACACGAACACUAGGUACCAUAUGCAGCGGGCAUCCAUACUCAAAUGUUUCGCACUAUACCAACACAUCAGCACUUAUGCUUCAAAUAAAAAUCAUCAGAGUUGAGGGGCUGGUCGGCGCUAUGGACAUGAGCGAGUGCGCUGUCAAAGUGACCUGGGACGGAAUGACUAGCGUGACCAAAACUACAUUCCUAUCGGAAGGCUCUGCCCAUUACAACGAGGACUUUGACUUCCCAGUCAAAUUGGUGGAUGAAAGGGAGGUGAAGAACCUUAUGAUGAUCAAACGCAUACUUCCCGUCGAUCUACACUCCCGAGGAAGUAUCCUCUUUGAACUUAACGCUGCCGGGGCCGAGUAUAUGGGAGAUGCAAUUCUUCAGCUGCGUAAACUGGCUACAGCCGCCGGAGGCGGCUUCAGGGCCUUCAGGCUGCCUGUAUCGGGGGCUCCGUCCGGCUCCUCCGCCAUAUUGGUGGUGGAGGCAGGGUUCGUUCCGCCCCUGCCCAAUGACUUUGAGUUUAUACACGAGCCGGAAGUAGAGUAUCAACCAAACAUAUACCGUGAUAGUGGAAAGCACUGGGAAAGGGACUUUGAGAGGUUCCAGAGUAUAUAUAGGAGUUGGUUUCCCGACGCGCCGACGCGUCGGGAUUUUUGGCCCCUUGACCGACCUACUGGCCUGCCAUUAUCUGCACUAAUCACCAGUCUCAGGCUCCCAUCCCACCAAUUCCACCCCCUUAAACUUCUACACUGGGUCUCAACCUAUCCCCUUGAUGCUGGCACAUGCGCCGAGUCCAGCGCCAAGGACUUCAAGUCCCCCUUCAGUCGCGUGAGCCCAGUGGCUAAAAUCCUUAGCCGGAAAAGGGUCGGAGGGUCGCGGGAUAGGGCGCUGCUGGUGGCAGGAACUCUACUGGCGCAGCGCCAAGAUGUCUACAUUGCCAAGGGUACGGUCAUUGAGAAAGUGCCCAAAUCACAUAAAUCCGCAAUGAUGGGCUUUGGCAGACUGCGCAGAGUCCCAUGUUAUUGGGUUAUUACUAGACAGGGAGAUGAUGUCUGCUUUUGGGAUCCGCAGCUACCCAGAAAUGACACUAAUAAUGGCAUGGUUCUUCUAAGGGGCAGGGCCAGGCGACAUCCUGGAAUCAAUGAAAACUACGUAAAUAACGAGACUGGGGCCGAUGAAAACUGCACGAAUAAUGACAUGCCCGUGUAUAAGAGCCCGCAGGUAAUUUGCACGCUGGACUGGCCAGACGAAGGAGCCAUUGAGUUCAAUCCAAAUGAUAGGACCUUUCCAGACGCCUUCAUCCCCCUGCAAAUUAACCCAAAUGCAUUCGCCUCAUAUGCGAAUAAAUACACCAAAAGCGCAAGUACAACGCCUAACCGGAAAACGCUGAGCCAGGUUAUUAAAGAUCAUGCUAUGAGCCUGCCAUUCUCACCGUACCUUCCAUUCGCAGAUGACCCAAAUGUAGACAAAGUGCCCUACCAUUCUGUUGAGGUCGUAUUCAACGCUAACCAAGUCUGGGGAAAUCUACAAAAUCAUAACCCAUGCGUCAUAUUCUACGAUUUCGAGAAUUCAAAGCACUGGAGACCCUUUUUAAAAUCGCCAGUAGCGCCUAUGGUUGCAGAAAUAUACGUUGGGCCGCCAGAUGAAAUGGCAUAUAUAGAACGGAUCCAAGAAGAAAUCCAUCAUCACGUGCAUCAGCUCCUAGUCGGAAUCCUCAAACGCCCAGCCCACUGCAUCCACAGGAUGAAAGUUGAUCAGCUCGCAGAUUUGCUAGAAGAUGGACUCGUGCACGGAUAUCUGCAUACCAAUUCGUACAAUAAAAAAGGCGGCGAUGUAGAAGAAAAUCCUAACAUAUCCGAUGCAGAAACCGAUUGCUCAGACUCUGAUGAUUCGCAGACAUUCGUCAAAACACCCGCUAUAACCUACUGGCUUGAGAAAAAAAAUGAAUUUCUCGAAUAUUUCGCAAAGGUUGAGGCGGGGCGCAUUAGGGUCGCCUUGCCCAUGCGCCUCAGGCAAGCAGACGUAUCGGAAAUCUCGCGGCUUUUCCUCAGGGAUGGCAUAAUCGGAGACUUUAUCCGCACCCUGCCUAUGGGAACGAAUUUCGGCAUUGCUGUUAAGGCCUACCCACUACCUGCCAGCAUAGUGUCCACAUGGGUGGUCCUGAUCGUAGGCAUGCCUGCUGCCUAA